AUGGAUGAAAAAUACAUGUGGAAACUUUCAUCUGGGAGGAUAGUCGAAGAAGAGAUAUAUAAGCUGGGGCAAGAGCAGGAGUUUGAGCACGCCAUUCAUUCCUUUAUUCUUGAUGUUGAAGAUGAGUUAAUCAUGGAACAUUUCACCCAGGAAGAACUUGAAGAGAUAGAUAGCAUACCUAUUCCGGAGGUACCCGAGCUUUCAAAAGAAGUUGAUGAUUUUUUACGUAAAUUCCUUGGCAAGAUAAACCUGAAUGAGAUCCGACAGAUAAUAAAAGAGUCAAUCUUUGGUAAUGAUUACGACCGUGAAAAGCAUCACGACGUAGAUUAUAUAAGCCUUGCCUUAUAUUCGUUUGAAUUAACUGAAAAAGUGAAAACUAAUUACAGGGUGAAAGAAAUAGAAAAUGGUAAUCUCAAGGACACAAAUCUCGAUAAUUGGUAUAACUGCCACAUAUGGAAUGUAAUAUUUGACCAAGCAUUUGGAGACAUAAAGGCGGUGGCUGUUAUCAGGGGCGAAAGUACGAGUAUAUCAACGGCAACACGAAAAAAUACAAAGGCAAAAAGGAAAUCAGGGGAACGUCGUAAAAUCGGUCGCAGAGGGGAUUGGAUUCUCAGGGCUGUUGGUAACGGCAAAAAAGAUGAGUUUGGGGCUGGGGAGGCGGGUAAGGAUUGGGUUGACAAAUAUGGGACAAAGUACCUUAGAGAAAUUGGAUUAAAACUUCCUAAGACGCUCAAAGACAUGUUAGUGAAUUUGAUGGAAAGAAUAAAGUGGAACAAAGAGGUGCGCAGACAAAUACAAACAAUAGGUAUUAUUCAUGCAGGCCUUACGAUGACAAUAGUAUAUGUUGACAACCCUAAAGGUUAUAUCUGCAGGUUUCGGCGUUGCGAUCUGAUGGAAGUCCCAGACACAGUAGAAAAAUUCGAUUCCGUUUUAUCGAUCUUGGCAUCUGUUCUGAAUGCAAAGUCUGUAGUCCAAGAGACGGUAAAGAUGGUUCAAACAGGAGGACAGUCUACAAAAUCAUUUAAGAGUGUCGGGCUCCGAAAACGACCUCGAGAUGAUGGUCAGCACAAGUUAUCUGCGUGUAUGUCAACUCCGAAGAAAGUGAAAUUAUGCACUAAAGUGAAUAUUACUAGAAGAUCAUAUCCUGCGUCACCAUGUCCAGGAUCACCAAAUGCUGAGCCAUUGAUUUAA